CUUCUAUGGAAAUAAUUUACAUUCCACACUUGUGUCCAUCCAUUAUAUAAGGUGGAGUCUUUGGGGUGUAUGUCAUUAACAUUGUACACUCGAGAGAGCAGACAUCAAAAUAAUACAGAAAACUUCCAAAUCUCAUUAUGGAGCAUAUUAAAGAAGUAAUAGAAAUUGAAGAAUCCGAAGAAUUAUCUUGGAAGGAUUACGCCAUAAAGCAAGGCUAUUUGGUCAAGUUUAAUCGUGGUCUACUGAAAGCACCAAAGAUGCAAUAUUUUGUUCUAACAGACAUUGGACUCAUCUCGUUUGAAAGCAAACCAAAGCACGACACUAAACCGCUUUGCUUCCUACCUUACGAGCAACUAUCUUCGAUCAAACUUGACCACAUCGAACUGAACAGUUGUAAGCUUUGUUGCAUGCAAUUGACAAGCAAAACAAGCCCGAAUUUUACGCUCGCUUUCAAAUGCAAGGAAGAUAGAGAUGAUUGGAUGAUGAUUAUGAUGAAAGCCUUCUCGGAGACGCUCUUAACGACCAGUGUUUUUGACAAAUCAUCGGAGACUAUCGACGAGGACAACGCGAGUGAAAGCGACGUUUCUACAACGAAAGAAAAGCCCGAACGCAAUGUCAGCGCACCGAUGAAAGAGAAACUCGAGCAGAAACUCAGCACGGGCAGUUCGGGACCGAGUUUAAGACGGAAGCGCAGAAAAGGCGACAAGGGCAGCAUUCGAAGAUCAAAAUCAUACGAUUCGCUGGCUCUACACGAUGUUACAAACACUUCAUUCACUUUCCCCAUGAAAUUAUUAACCGCAGAGCCCGCCAAACCCGAGGCUGAAAACGCUUUUCAACCCCAGCAGUCGAGGAAACGCAAAUCCGAGCCAGAUAUUCACGUCAUCGCACACUCUCCUAGCGAGCGGACUGUCGAUAGCAAGGAAAAACUCUUCGCAAACUCUUGUAGUUUUGAACACAGAGACUCGCUGACCGUUCAAGCUGAAAAACAACUUAAGAGCAAAAAUGAUGCAAAACACAAGACGAACAUGUUCGCGAAACUUCUAUCGAAGUUUGAAAAUCCGGCUUUGUUAUCUGCGCACUAAAAUCGAGAACACUGAAUGACUCUUAAUUUAUUUCAUAAUGAAAAUACCGAGUGGCGAUGCCAUCUUGUAAAUAAUAUUUAUUUAAUUUAUCAAUAAAAUGUUAUUCAUUAUCUA